AUGGAGCAGUUUGUCUGGCACACCCAAUCCCUGCAAUGCCUCCUGCAUUUGUCCUCGGGCCAGUGUAAAGUAGCGAGCAGGGGCUUGUUAGAGGCAAUCCAGUCUACUGGAGAAGAGGAGCUUUGUCAGAUGCAUGUCCCAGAAGGUCUCCUUCCUACAUUCUCCCAAGCUCGCUAUGAGGAACUUGUCCGGCAACUCACGUCCGGUCAGGAUCGCCUCAUAUCCUUCUCGUCGUAUUUACGGACGUGGAAAAGCAGGCCCAGGCCUGAAGAAAGCGCGCUCACAAAGCAGAGGGCAGAGUCUAGCAGGAAUGGAGCUCUACGAGUUGAGGUGGAGAUGCAGCUGGUAUACACAGAUCCGGCUGCCAGUCCUGCUCACCAGGGAGGGACUUGUGGCUGUGGCAGUGCCCGUGCUGCACUUGAGGUAUGCAGUACCAGCAGUAUAAUAUGUCCUGCAUCGUCGGAGUGCCUGGUGCUGCUGCACUUCUGGCCUUGUCCUGACCGAACAGCUCAGCUGGAGGACCAGGUACGCGCGUUGCAAAAACAAUUCGAGUACACGCUGGAUCUGAUUCCUACCCUGGUCUUCAUCAAAGAUGCUCAGGGUCGGUACUUGUUUGCAAAUGAGGCGCUAUGCCAGCUGUACAGAAAGCCAAAAGGAGAGGUCGUUGGUCGAACCGUUCGAGAGAUCUGGGGAAACACGCACCCUGAGGCUUUGUAUCGGUUCUUUGAAGAGGACGACCGCAAAGUUCUCGAGGAUGCACACACGACCUUUUAUCAGGACCAGUGCAUCAAGGGCGAGCCCAACCGGUACUUCCGAGCACUGCAAAUGCCGUAUAAGACGAUUACGGGGGAAAAGGCUCUCAUCGGAUUCUACACCGACAUCACCGAGCUGAAGCGCCUACUGCUAGAGGCCCAAGCCGCGGAAGCGGUGUUGUCAGAAAAGCAGCGGCUUCAGCUCCUGGUGGACAACAUCAAUGUCGGGGCGCUGCAGAUUGACCGGACCGGGGACCCUGCCGAUCCCCCAGUGUACCCAAACCCCGCCAUGGAGGGCUUGAUUGGGUAUACUCAGGAGGAAGUGCCCACUUUAGAAGUUCGAGACCAUCUUCAACUCGCCACGGAUCCCUACUACGUCUUCGACGACACUGGGGUCCUGGACUGCAACGCAGCGGCACUCGAGUUUCUGGGGUACAAGAGCAAGAUGGAUGUUUUGGGGAAGAGCGCGAAGGACUUCAGCCCCGAGUACCAGCCAGACGGGCAGCGCACGGCGGAGAAAGCAAAGGCCAAAAAGGCGCUGGCCAAGGAGACGAAGAAGGUGCUGCGCUUUGAGUGGCUACAUAAGCGGGCCAACGGGGUCCUGACUCCCACGGAGGUCUCAAUCAAGUCGCUUAACCUGGAGGGGAAGGAGGUCUUCAUCAGCAUCUGGCACGACCUCACCGAAAGAAAAGCAGCGGAGGCCGCACUCCGGGCGGCAAAGGAGGACGCAGAGGCUGCAAACCAGGCAAAGUCGCAGUUCUUGUCCAACUGCAGCCACGAGAUUCGGACGCCGAUGAAUGGCGUCAUUGGGGUCGCGGAGCUGCUGUUGGAUACGCCCCUCAGUGCGGAGCAAAGGGAAUCUGUGGAGACGAUCCGCAGCUCUGGCGACUUACUGCUGAAGCUGAUCAACGACAUCUUGGACCUGUCCAAGAUCGAGGCAAAGAACCUGCAGCUGGAGGCGCUCACCUUCGGGCUGCGGGAGGAGGUGCACCAGGCGCUGGCGCUGCUGGACCAGGGCGCCCGGGAGAAAAGCCUGGCCUUGAGCCUCCACGUCAGCGAGCAGGUGCCCAAUCUCGUGGUGGGGGACCCCAUGAGACUGCGCCAGAUCUUGCUGAACCUGCUCAGCAACGCGCUCAAGUUCACACAUGCUGGGGGGAUCCAUGUGGAGGUGCGGCUGGCGGAGGGAGAGGGGGGGGCAGCGGGAGCUGAUGGAACAAGUGUAGAAUACGGAUUGGAAGUUGGAGAUGCUGUGAGAACUUUGGAGGAGUGUUACCUGGGCGAUCGGAGCGACGGCUCGGAUGCACAGAGUGCCAGAGACGCCCAGAAGCGGGUGUUGAAUGAACAGAGGCAGUCAAGCAAGCGGGCAGGUAGUGUUUCAAGGGGGCCAAAGCCUGCAGAGACCGUUCCGUACCUGGCAGGCUCGGGCAUGACGAGUACGCUGGUGGAGUUUGAGGUUCGUGACACUGGCGUGGGUAUCGCAGAGGAGGCGUGGGGGUGCAUCUUCAACGCGUUCAUGCAAGCAGACAGCAGUACCUCCCGGCGCUACGGUGGCACGGGCUUGGGCUUGUGUAUUUGCGAAAGCCUGGUACAGGCCAUGGGGGGCCGCAUCUGGCUGCACAGCGUUGUUCAAACAGGGUCGUCGUUCUUCUUCACUGUCAGGCUGGGCGUGCCCGCUCAAGACCCGGUGGCGAAUGGCCAGCUCUCUGCAACGGAGGGCGCCACUGCAAAGAGUGUGAGCCGGGUCCAAUCACCGCUGGUAGAGCUGCCUGAUGGCCAUGAGUUGGAUCCCCAGUCGACUCCAGAAAGCACGGUCAAAGGAUUGCACGUGCUUGUGGCAGAGGACAACCGCGUGAACCAGAUGGUGGCCACCCGAAUCCUGCGGAGCCUGGGCUGCACUUUUGCCGUUGUGGACAAUGGCAGGAAAGCCGUUGCAGCGUGCAUGGCAGGGAACUACGACGUCGUCCUCAUGGACUGUCACAUGCCGGACAUGGACGGCUAUCAAGCCACCCAGCAAAUCCGGAUAGAUGAAUGCAAGCAGGGGCGGCGGCACCUCAUCAUCGCCCUUACAGCGUCUGCCUUGGAGGGUGAUGCGCAGAAAUGUAUGAAAGCAGGAAUGGACGCGUUUCUUUCAAAGCCUGUUCGCCCAAAUGACGUCAAAGUAGCCAUAGAAACCCACCUCAAGUCCUUAACUGCGGGCAAGACCGACUCGCCGACUUCCACGUUGGAGCUUUGA